AUGCCGACAACCGCGCAUUUUUUUCGUCUGUUUGGCAGUCUCUGGCUAGAGUAUCCCACGCCGGAUAAGCUUUCAAGCAUGAAUCAUCUUCUGCCAUUGAUUCGGGAUCUUGACCGCAGAACUCAAGAAGGUUGGUGGCUUGUUCUCGCAGUUGAGGUCACACUCGUUCACCUGGGAUAUGAACCGCGCUUUUGA